GUUAUGUUUUUUAUCUAUCAACUUAUAAUAAUUUGUUUCUUUUAUCAUGUUCGUUGAUGUAGUUCGUAUACAUCAAUGUACCGUAUGCCACUUUCCUUGUUAUUUUGUUCGGAGAGGUUUCUUGAAUGAUCGAGUCUUCUUUUUUCUUCGAAUGCUCUAUCUUGCCUUCAUCACCAGGUUCUUCACAGCCAAGAAGAUGUCGUCCAUUCCGCAGAAAAGCAUCCUCGCGCUCGCAGCUUUUUUUAAGGCACGAAAGUGGCCAACUUUUAAUACUCCUCAUAUGCACACUCGUCAUAUCCAUUGUUAGCGAUAUUUUGGGUCCUGUCAUAUACGAACCCUCUCCCUCGUGCAUCUAUCCUUCUAGUAAAAAUCAUUAGAUAUUAAUGCUCGGGCUAUUAAUUUUAUCUCUCAUUCCAAUUUUUUACAAGUAAUAUUACUUUACUUUGACUCUUCCUUCUGUCAGUCUACUAGUAGUUUAAUAUUAAAUAUGCUCGUACGUCAUCGUCUAGUCUGCAUGAUAGAAGAUGAUAUGUCAUGACCAAGCAGCAGCAAAGUAGCCGUUGCGCUGGUAAUACUCUGUGGACGUUUGGUUCUGUGUCUGUCUGUACUCUCUCUCUUUCAACUUCAAGUUGAAGCUUUUAUUAGGCUCUGCGAGAUCCUUUGUUUGGAGAAAUAUCGAGUCUUUGGUCUUCCUCGGUUCAUCAACUUCAUAUCAUCAGUGGGCUUUUUAUUUUUCUUUUUGGUUAGCCUUAGCCAAAAACAAAGCCUCGAGCUAGAGCUCAUUGGCUGCGUUGUGAUCAUGGUGAUUGGCAGGGUACAUCGGAGACUAAAUGGCCACGACAUCUAGAAGUAUCUUCAGGGCCACACUCGUCAUUAGUCAUCUUAAUCUCCCCUACCCCUUCCUCUAGUUCUAAUCUUUCCACUAUUGUUGUGGGGCAGGAGCCGGCGCCACAGACUCCGAAUCUGCGAGGAUCUGCGUCUACCGCCUUCUUGGAGGAGAAAGUAGACCAUCAGCAGAAACAGGCAGUAGACCGUAAGCGUCAAAGCACGAUGGAGCAGAAGAAAGUAGAAGAAAAAAAUCAUAAGCACACGGAGAAGAAAGUAGAAGAAGGAGCCAUCCAGGCAGCGGGUAAAGCACUGGGUAACGCAUUUGCGAGGACGUUUCAACCCCCUCCGCCCCGGAGUAGAAAUAAUGGGCAAGAUCCGACGAAGGAACGGGGCCGGAUGGGCACGCCCAUGGUCCAUUGGGGGGGGGGGAAUUGAUCGCAAGUAGGGGCCAUGCUCUACGCUACCAGCACUUCCACUUGCUUGCAUUACAUUCAUGUCGUAGUUUGA